UCAAACCAUCUCCACUCCACACACCCCACCGAUAAAAAACACACAGAGACCACCUAGCAGCACCAUGGCGGCCACCACGAUGUCCAUCUCAUCCUCAUCAGCCUUUGCCGGCAAGGCGGUGAAGAACUUGCCAUCGCCGGCUGUUUUCGGUGAGGCCCGCAUCACCAUGCGCAAGACCGCUGCCAAGGCUAAGCCUGUUUCCUCGGGAAGCCCGUGGUACGGCUCCGACCGUGUGCUGUACCUUGGCCCGCUCUCGGGGGAGCCGCCAAGCUACCUGACCGGCGAGUUUCCCGGUGACUACGGGUGGGACACCGCCGGACUCUCGGCCGACCCCGAGACCUUUGCCAAGAAUCGGGAGCUCGAGGUGAUCCACUCUCGGUGGGCCAUGCUCGGUGCGCUCGGUUGCGUCUUUCCCGAGCUGCUCGCCCGCAACGGCGUUAAGUUCGGCGAGGCUGUGUGGUUUAAGGCCGGCUCCCAGAUCUUCAGCGAAGGAGGCCUUGACUACCUCGGAAACCCGAGCCUCGUCCACGCCCAGAGCAUCCUCGCCAUAUGGGCCGUCCAGGUUGUGCUCAUGGGCGCCGUUGAGGGCUACCGCAUUGCUGGUGGACCAUUGGGGGAGAUCAUCGACCCGCUGUACCCUGGCGGUAGCUUCGACCCGCUUGGCCUAGCCGACGACCCUGAGGCGUUCGCGGAGCUCAAGGUGAAGGAGCUCAAGAACGGACGUCUUGCCAUGUUCUCCAUGUUCGGCUUCUUCGUUCAGGCCAUCGUCACUGGUAAGGGCCCGCUCGAAAACCUCGCUGAUCACCUGGCCGACCCUGUCAACAACAAUGCUUGGGCAUUUGCCACCAACUUUGUACCCGGAAAGUGAUCUGCCGGCGUCAGCUGGAAGAUGGUUGUGCCUAGGCGACUGCAGUGAGCUGCACCUAGGCGCAGUUUGAAUUGUACUACCACAAUGUAAAUUAUGACGAUCCUAUGAAAAAGCGUUCGUAAUUUGGUAA